CACCCCAGAAUCUCGCCUUCCCUUCCCCAAAGACCCCAGCUCUCAUAUGCACUUAUUCAUCUCUGUUUCUCUUUCUUUCUCCUUCAUGACGAUAAAUUAUUCAAAUUCAGAGCAAUUUUCAAGCUAGAGCCGCAAACAAGCGCGAGCAAGAGCAGCAGCCGGUACGGUUUUAUGGUUGCUGCGGCAGCGGCGGCGCGUGGGGCAUUUUAUGGUGGUGUGGUGCAAACUGAGAAGGGAAUUGGCGGCUGGGAGUGGAGUGGUGACGUGUCAACUUAGGGUUUAAUGCGCAUAAAAGGAUUUUUGUAUGUGAUUUUAUUUUAAGAUUUUAUUUGUGCACACCAAGUUUGAUGGAAGUUCUGUGAGAGGACAAAGAAGCAAAAGCAAAAUGGCAAAUAGCAGAUAUGAGUAUGUGAAGUCUUUUGAAGUUGAAGAUGAAGUUUUCAUGCCCAACUUGAUGGUUGUUAGAAUCGACGGCCGGGAUUUUCAGAGGUUUUCUCAAGUUCAUGAGUUUGAGAAACCAAAUGAUGAGAGAGCUUUGAAUUUGAUGAACUCAUGUGCAGUUGCAAUGUUGGAGGAGUAUCCAGAUAUAGUUUUUUCAUAUGGUUAUAGUGACGAGUACAGUUUUGUUUUCAAGAAGACGACAAAGUUUUACCAGAGGCGUGCCAGCAAAAUUCUAUCCCUCACAGCAUCAUUCUUCACUUCUAUGUAUGUCACAAAAUGGAAAGAGUUCUUCCCUCAGGAGAAGUUGAGAUAUGCCCCUUCAUUCCAUUCUCGAGUCAUAAGUUGUGCAUCAAUAGAGGUUCUUCAAACAUACCUUGCAUGGAGACAAAAUGAUUGUCAUACGAAUAACCAAUAUAGCACUUGUCUUUGGAUGCUGAUUAAAAGUGGAAAGACUGAAAAGGAAGCAGAAGAAAUUCUGAAGGGAACUCAAAAACAAGAUAAAAAUGAGCUUCUUUUUCAGCAGUUUGGUAUCAACUACAAAAAUCUUCCUGAAUUAUUUCGUCGGGGAUCUUGUGUUUUCAAGACAGAGGUGGAAGAUAUUAUUAAAUAUCACGAGGAUGGCACUCCUGUCAAAAGACUGCGGAGAAAGCCGAGGAUAGUUCACUCGGAGAAUAUAGCUGGUAGACACUUUUGGAGUGAGCAUCCAUGUCUUCUUAAGGAGUUGGGGUGUUUUGAAGAGAAUGUUGGCAAAAUUAAACCAGAUUAUGUUAGGUCCUUUCUAUUUGAAAACAAAUUGAUGCCAUAUGCAUGGAUCGUAAUUAGAAUUGAUGGCUGCCAUUUUCACAGAUUCUCUGAAGUUCAUGAAUUUGAGAAGCCCAACGAUGAGAAAGCUCUGAACCUUAUGAAUUCAUGUGCAGUGGCUGUUCUAGAAGAGUUUCAAGAUAUUACCUUUGCUUAUGGGGUUAGUGAUGAGUACAGCUUUAUUUUGAAGAGGGAAUCUCCGUUUUUUCAAAGGCGAGCAAGUGAAAUAGUGUCUGUCAUUGUUUCCUUCUUCACUUCUAUGUAUGUAUUGAAAUGGAAGGAAUUCUUCCCACAGAAUGAUUUGAAGUACCCUCCCUCUUUUGAUGGACGAGCUGUCUGCUAUCCAUCAUCUGAUAUUAUUCGAGAUUAUCUGGCAUGGAGACAAGUUGAUUGCCACAUCAAUAAUCAGUAUAAUACAUGUUUCUGGAUGCUUGUGAAGUCUGGUAAAAGCAAAAGUGAAGCUCAAGGUUGCUUAAAGGGUACUCAAGCACGGGAGAAGAAUGAACUGCUUUUGCAGAAAUUCAGUAUUGACUACAACAAAUUACCAGUGAUAUUCCGUCAGGGCUCAUCUAUAUUUCGAAUUGAGACAGAGAAGACUACACCGUUUGAGAAUGGAGAAAAGCUACAGAGUGAAGUGAUUGUAUCACACUGUAAUAUAAUUGAGCAAAGCUUUUGGAGAACACACCCGAGCAUCCUUGACGAAGAGCCCCCUAUAAUAUGAAGUAACAACAGGUCACAGCUUUUCUUCUCAUCUUGUUGCUUCUCUUCUUCUGUCUUAUUUAUGAAAUUACUAUUGAUCUCUGUAAAACAAUUUAGAGACUAGAAACUCUGGGAUCUUUCUUGCUUUCGUUACAUCGAAGGCUUUAGUUUCCGAUGCUUAGGAAGUUUAGAAGUUGCCCUGUUCUUAGGUCGCAUCUCUUAUAUUUAUCUAUUCUACACUCAUUUUGCAUGAUUUUGGUUGGAAUUCCCUAGUUAUGAACUUAACAUCAGAUGUUAUGCUACUCAAAACAAUGAAAUCACGCUCACAGUCGCAAUCUCGAGAUCUUUUUUUGUUAUUCUCUUUCCCAUGUUCAGUUUCAUGCAAAAAUGAGUGCAAAAGUUAAAUGGCAUCAGUGUUGAAUUUUCUGAUGCAAAGUUCAACUGUCUUGUGUUUCCU